GCGCACAGAGAAGGCUGCUGCGCAUGCCCGGAAGAGCCCAGCUUUCCGGCGGGCGAAGAUGGCGGAAGGCGAAGACUACGAGUCCGUCUUGUGCGUCAAGCCGGAGGUCCACGUCUACCGCGUGCCCCCGCGCGCCUCCAACCGCGGCUACCGAGCCGCCGAGUGGCAGCUGGACCAGCCGGCCUGGAGCGGCCGAAUGCGCAUCACAGCCCGGGGCAGCGUGGCCUUCAUUAAGCUGGAGGACAAGAACUCGGGAGAGCUUUUCGCCCAGGCCUCGGUGGACCAGUUUCCGGGGCUUGCCGUGGAGGGUGUGACGGACUCCAGCCGGUACUUCGUGCUCCGAAUCGAAGAUGGGAAUGGGCGCCGUGCAUUCAUCGGAAUUGGCUUUGUUGACCGAGGUGAUGCUUUUGACUUCAAUGUGGCCCUGCAGGAUCAUUUCAAAUGGGUCAAGCAACAGGUUGAGUUAGCCAAAGAAGCCCAAAACCCAACCCAGGGGCCCAAACUUGACCUGGGCUUCAAGGAAGGACAGACCAUCAAGCUCAACAUUGCGAACAUGAAAAAAAAGGACGGCGCCCUGGGAAGUAGGCCACGCUCUGGUGACGUCACAGGACUGCCCUUUCUUCCUCCCCCUCCAGGAGGAAAGACCCCUCUCUCUCAGCUUCCCUUGCCUCUUCUGGAAACCUCAGCAGAUGCAGUCCAAACAGAUGUUGCCGGGUCUCGGCCCUCCCAGCCGCCAAGUUCUACGAGAGAAGCUUCUGCAGACAUUUGGGGAGAUUUCACCAAAGCUUCCGGGUCCGGCUCUCAGCCUCAGCAGAACUCGGACUGGGUCCAGUUCUGAAGCUGACGGGGAAGCCCAAGAGCCGGGAGAUGGGACGUGCCCCGCUUGCUCUCCAACAGAUCCUCUGCCUGGAUGGGUUUGACUUUGGCUUCAGACCUUGUGGCAAGGCAAAGGAGGGCUCCUUGCAAAUCGUCUCUCACUCCUUCGCUCUCUCUCUCUCUCUUCCACCAGCACUGGGACUUUUGCAGAGGGGUGUGUGUGUUGUUGAUGUUGUGUGUGCACGGGGCUGCACUGGUUCAGAGGCCAGCCUGCUGCUUGUGAAGCGGAGAUCUUGUGCCUCUCUUCCUUCCCAAGAGAAGCAGUGUACUUUGGGGGGAGAGGCUGUGCCGACUCCUCCAGGAAUUAGGGACCACCAGCAAUGUUGUGUUAUAGGGCCAGAGCACAAAGCCUUAGAACAGGGGGUCUUCCGACUUGGCCCUUGGAUGACUUGUGGACUUCAACUCCCAGAAUUCCUCAGCCAGCUGCCUGAGGAAUUCUGGGAGUUGAAGUCCACAAGUCAUCCAAGGGCCAAGUCGGAAGAUUCCUUGCCUUAGAAAGUGGCCCGGGGACGCCUCGCCUUUGGAGGGGCUCCGCCCGCUGCCUCCGCGGGGCGUUUUUCUCUUCCCAGAUCUCCCGUCGGGUCCGACGCGCGUCUUUCUCUUCGGAAAUAAAAACCCUUUUUUCGCCA